GCUUUUGUACUCAUCUUAUCAUCAUACACCUUUUUCAUUCAUCUCUUCCAAACCUUCUCAAAAAUUAUCACAUAAAAAGAAAAAUUUGAGUGAGAAUGAGUCGGAAUCACGCUGCCAUGAUUUUGGGAAGAAUUAUCUCCAAUUCUCCUUUAAAUUCAUCCACUCUCCCCAUUGCUUCUCCACACUCGUUUCUUACCAAACCCAGAUUCCAUUUUGAUAAUCUCAGCUACCAAAUUAGAUACUUCUCCCCCUAUCCCAGAUUCAAUCUUGAAUCUAUACGUGAGCCCAAUGAUGCCGUCGCUCUAUUUCGGGAUAUGAUGAGAACGGAGCCGCUUCCUUCUAUUAAGCUUUUCUCGAAAUUGCUGAGUGUUGUGGUCAAGAUGAGACAAUACUCUCUUGCCCUUCAUUUGUUCGAUGAAAUGCUUCAAAGAAAUGCUCCUGUAGAUCACUACAUAUUGAGUAUUGCGAUUGAUUGCUACUGCCGACUGAAAAGACCAGAUUUUGGGUUUGCAAUCUUAGGCAUUUUUUUCAAGCGUGGGUACGAGCCUACUGUGGUAACCUUUAACACUCUCGUGAAAGGUCUUUUGUUGGUUGGAAGGUUCCCAGAGGCAGCCAAAGUGUUAUGGAAGCUGUCGGUCUACCAAUUAUGCGAGCCCAAUGAACGUACGUAUAAUACUAUGGUUAAUGGGGUAUGCAAAGCUGUAGGUACUCUCAAAGCGCUGGAAUUGCUCUGCUUAUUGGAAGAAGAAAAGGGAAUCUGGAAACCCAAUAUCUAUUCUUACAGUGCAGUCAUUGAUGGUCUAUGCAAGGAAGGAAAGGUGGACGAUGCUCUCCGACUCUUCUCCUCUUUGGGUGAUAAGGGGAUUUCACCCGAUGUUGUGACAUAUACUUCAAUAAUUGAGGGGUUAUGCAAAAGGAGAAGAAUAGACGAAGCAGAAGACAUUUUAAAGAAGAUGAUAGCUGAUCUGAUCUACCCAGAUGUGUGGACGUGCACUAUCUUUGUGGAUGCUUGGUGCAGAGAUGGAAAGGUGGAAGAGGCCGAACAUAUGUUGGUAUCUAUGAAGGAAAUUGAUGUUCAGCCCAACAUUGUCACAUACAAUGCAUUGAUAAAUGGGUACAGUAUGCAAGGAAAAAUGGACGAAGCCGAACGCAUUUUCCAAUUGGCAGUGAGCUCUGGAAUUAAGCCCGAUAUCAUAAGCUACACUAGUUUGAUGAACGGGUAUUGCAAAAAGGGGCAAGUCGAUGAAGUUUCACGUCUUUUUACCAUAAUUCCCUACCAAGGGUUAAAGCGCAAUGUGGUUUCUUAUACCAUAAUGCUAGAGGCCUUAUUCCGUGAAGGCAAAUGUGAAGACGGCUUAAAGCUUUUCAAAGAGAUGGAAGCUCUACAAGUGUCUCCAAAUAUAAAGACUUACAAUGUCUUGCUGGAUGGUUUGUGUGGAGCUCAUCGUAUUGGUGAAGCAUUUUCGGUGUUGCAUACCAUGGAAGAUAAAGGCAUCAUUCCUGACAUUGUGACUUAUACUAUCCUUAUUGAGGGAUUAUGCCACGAUAAUAAAGUCACACAAGCAAAGGAUCUAUUCGAUGAGCUUCCAUCCAAAGGUAUGCAACAUGACGCCGUAACAUACACAAUCCUUAUCGGUGCACUUUGCAAAGAUGGGCAGAUAGAGGAGGCUAAGGAUUUGAUGAUGCAAAUGGCAAACAAUGGUUGCUUGCCUGAUUGUGUGACGUACAAUGUUUUUGUUCAAGGUCUUCUCAAAAGGAACAAGACUAGUGAUGCAAUUCUACUGUUGGAAGAGAUGGAGUCAAGGGGAUUCACACUUGACGAAACUACUUUUUCGAUGUUGAUUGAACCUGUGGUAAGUGCAGGUAAAGAUAGUGUUCUAUUUGAUAAGCUUAAAAAACUUGUACCAAAGGACCUCUUUUCUAGAUAGGUGUUAUGUUGUGUUGGAGAACUAGGGUGACAGUAUAUUUAUAUCUCUUCUAAUUUCUUAAAUUACACAUUUCCUGGUUGGCUGUAUUCUUCUAUGGAAUUGGAAUUUGUCCACUUGGAUUUCAGUUUCAUACCAAAACAGUUUACUAAAUUUCUGGGAAAUAUGUCAGAAUUCUUCUUGGAAGCUUUGGAAUAACUAAAUUACAGUUUAAUCAGCUUUCCAAUCCAUUGAUAGAUUAACUAUGAGAAUUGAUUUUGCGAUCUUGAAAGACUUCACAUUGGUGGCAACAAGUUGGAAGGGAAAGUCUCUUUGGAAAUCUUACAAAACUAGUGAUUUUAACUGCAUCUGAAAACAAGUUGAUUUUGAGAUUAGAUUAGCACUGGAUUCUCCCCCUUUCCAACUUAGAAUUGACAAUGUAAAUACUGAGAAAUAAGCUGUCGUCCAUACUAUAUUGAAAUGAUACUAACACUUGACAUUCGGGUAGGAUAGUCCACUUGAAUUAGAUCUAGAUUAGGAUUUGGAUCGGAUACGACCCGGGUAUACAGGAGAUUUUGUAAUCAACGAAAAUCACGACGAAAAACGAAACACGAGACACCAUCAUCAACUAAAAGUAGCACUUAAGGCAUUAGAAAAAGUGAAAUAUAAAAGGUAACAUCAAUCCCCUUCAUUCAUCUCAUGUUCCACCUUGAUCAACGAAAAUGAAUUAAUUAAAAAUUAAUAAAACACGAGAUGUAACCGUAACACCACCGCCGCGGCCCCGCUCAGUGCAGGAAAGCAUAGACGGCGGUGGAGAUGUAAACAAGCAGAGCGGAAGUGACCAAAACAAUCAACGCCGUGACGGCGUGGACGGCCGAUCUGCUCCCACACGACAGCAUCCCGAGCCUAAUCUCGAUCACAUUCACCAUCGACAGCAUCAGGAACAAGCACCCCAUCACCGAUCCGAUCGCCGACGCCAUCAUCCCGAAUCUGAGCACCUUCAGAUUGAUGUGAGCCCUAAAAAUCUCGUCCACGUCCUUGCUAUUGAGCAAAUUGAUGGCCAAUUUCAAGCCCUGCGCCACCAGCGAGGAGAAGAGGAAGAAGCUGAACGACACCACCUCGAAGACCAGCAGCUUCUUCGCCACGUCGACGCCGGCGUCGCAGGCGGAGGGGUUCUCGAGGCUGUGCUGCCCCGGCGUCGCGAGGGAGAGGCCGACGAAGACGGCGAUGGUGAAGAGGGAGUUCACGUUCACCAGGCCGUCCAGGGCGGUCACGUGGACGCUCGUGGUGGCGGCCGCCGCGACGCCGCCGGAGCGCGGCGGGGAGUAGGGUUUCGGGUAGUCGUCAUCUGCAGAUCUGCGAAGAAAUUCGAAUUGAGCUAGGAAAGUUAGGAAUAGUGUUGGAGAGAAUCUAGAGGGAGAGAGGGGGAGAGAUGGGGUUCUUACGCCGACAUUGUUGAGGGUUGCGGAGGCAGCCGGAAAAUUUGGGGGUUGGAUAUUUUUCAGGUGGAAUUCGUCGGUGGAGCUGCGGAGGAGUGUUGCUUGGAGAGGUUGUACAUUGCGGCGAAGGUACAACUUAUAUUUUCCUGGAGUGAAAGGAAGAGAGAGAGAAAAGAGAAAGCUUUGCUUUUUUACUUUUAAAUUCUUGACUUGUCGGAAUGUGAUUUAUUUCAACUAGAUUCCUUCUUUUUUCCCAUUUUGCAGCUUUCAUUUUGUAACGUGUUCUUUUCUAUUUUCCUUUUUUUUCUUUUCGGUCACUAAUUAAUUAUACACUAUAUAUGAAAAUAUAUAAAGAUGAGGUUUUUUCCU